GCGGCAAACACACGCGCGAGAUACGCUGCGCUAGCGCAUUUAUGCGGUAUACAGUGUUUACGUGAUAUCUUUUUUCGUUUUUACGAAUCAAGGAUUUCACCAGUUUGGUAAAUUGAAUGAAAAUUGUUAUUGAUUACUAUGGAGCUUUGGACGCUUAUUUUAUGCGUUAUACCAACAAUAGUAACACCAAUUACAAUAUCGCCGAAUGGAAAUAGUCCAGAAAUCAAAAUGAUAGGUGGAAUGAUGGUUGACGUACAAAAGGGGUUCUCCCCAAUGGUUCCAAAAACAGUUGAACCAACUAAAACAACGAUUGGGAAGCGAAAACUAAGUACCAACUCUACAAAACUUUCCAUAAAUGAAAGGUACAGACGAUUAAUCCCAUACAUGACGUUUUAUUAUGCAAACGAUUUAGUAACGCCGACUACCGAAGGACACGCGAAGAAUGUGGAAGUUGAAAAAGCAGAGAUCAUAGAAGCAAAAACUAUAGAACACCGUCAACCUAAAAAAAUAGUAUACUCAUCAAAUCGAAAUAUUCCACUAUACCAAGGAAAUAGAUUAACGCAAUAUAACAUUGCCUCUGCGAAUCCAACGAAAUUAUUAUACAAAGAAAUUCCUGUAUACCAGAAUCCACCAAAAAAUACACAAAAUUACAAUCCUCUUCUAUCAGAGCAUAGACUUGUAACGGCUAAUGAAAACUUUGAAUUCGAUAGAUUCCCACAAAAACAAAUUGUUAAAUCGCCAAGUGCUCCAUUUUCUCUUCCUACAAGAAGACCUUAUUUGAGUUCUUUUAACAAUAAUGACGAUUCAGGAAAUAUUCGUUACUAUUACACAGAAAAAGAACAUACUCCAAAAUAUAAGCUGGUACCGUAUGAGCAAACACCACCCGUAAAAGUGCAUCCUCACAAUGAACAACAUGUUUAUACACCACCCAAGUCUCCUACCCCAGUUCCAGUGAUGUUGCCCAAAGAACAAGUUUACAUAAAGCCAAGGCCAGUUCGGCCGCAGUACUUUUACGACGUUCAACAAUCUACAGCUCCAAGAAAGCAGCCAUCGAUUGUUUCAGAGAGCUAUUAUGAAAGACGGCCCCCUCAAGCGCCGGUCGCUCAACCUAUCAUUGAGAGUGGGUUUAAGCCUAUCGUUAGUCACGUGAUAACAACCGAAGCACCUGUAUACACAUCAAGUUUGCCAGAAGAAUCGAUUCGCCACUUCGAAUCCGAGAAACAACAAACAGUGCAAGUUGUUGAGGCGCCGCCGGCUGUUCCUGAUGUUUCGGACUACAAACAAAAUUAUUAUCAAUAUGUUGUUGACCAACCUACUUAUAAGCCCCAAGAACACGUACCACCAAAUACGGUGACGCUCAGUGAUCUUCUGAAUUCUCUGCAAUUGAACAAAUCUAUUCCAAAGCCCAUUACAAAAGAAAACGUGGGAGCCUCAAUAAGAACACUGAUUCAGGUAUUGAAUGCCUUGAGAGCAGCUGCACCCCAGGAAGACUUCGACGAUAUAGUCCAAAGUACGCCUAAACCAUUCAUACCGCCAAACAAAGUCUUGGAACUAACAAAACCCAUAGUAGACGUUACACCAGCGCCUGUCGUCAAUGAUGACGCAGAUUUUCAUGAGGAAUCCUACCUCGCUCCAGUAAAUCCACCAUCUCAACACAUUGACGAGUUCUCGUCAACUGGCAGCACCAGCCAAAGGUUUCCCCUGCGCGUAGAGUCCGACGACGAGGGUGGCACCCCUGGUAGACCCGGCGUGGACUACCCAAUCCUCACCACCAUCCCUCAAACAGCCUUCGACUGUAAGACUCAGAGGUAUAAGGGCUUCUUCGCUGAUCCGGAGACACGGUGCCAGGUAUGGCACUACUGCGACUUAAACGGCGGCCAAGCGUCGUUCCUGUGUCCCAACGGGACGAUCUUCUCCCAAGCAGCGCUGACGUGCGACUGGUGGUUCAACGUGCGAUGCGCGUCCACGACGCAGCUGUAUGUGCUAAAUGAGAGCCUCUACAAGUACAUCUUGCCGCACUCGCCCAAGUUCCCUGAGGAUUAUAGCGGCCCUUUGGUGGAUAAAUACCUGACAUUGAAGUUCAAAGAGAUGGAGGAGCAGUUCAGAAAGAACAAGAACAAGCAGAGCGCCUCUGACAAAAUGGACUCCGGCGAAGAAAGUUCUUCUGAAGACUCCAGCGAGGCUGAAACUGAGAGCAGCAGUGAGGCAGCAGUAGACAUGGCGAAGACGGUUGCAGUUAGUGAGGCCAGCGUCAUCGUGCAGUCACCAGGCGCCAGCGGCAAUGUUGAGAGACUACAAGAUUGAUUGCUUUUACAAAACGUGACGUCACAAUCGUGGACCUCUGUAAUGCGAAUUCCGUAUUUUCUGUUUCUGUCUGUGAAUUUAGCAGUAUGUGUGAGAUAACCUUUUGCACGCACAAUGGUUAAGUGCGGUAAAGCCCAGCUAAAUUAUUUUCCUCUAUCGUUGGUAAUUUUUUACACAGCGACAUCUAGUCCCCAAAUUAAGCAAAAUUUGUACUAUGGAUAUCCCAAGCAAACAUAGUCAUACAUAACUUCUUUUCUGUAAAUACAUAUUAUACAUAGAAACUAUCCAUAUCAUAGAAAUGUAAAGUAAGAUUUCACAGCAUCUGGC